AUGGCAUCUUCAGCAAAGAAAUUACAAUCCAAGAUAUUUGGACAAACGGCCGGAGGGGGCGAUCAACCACCUUCAGCUGAUUCUCCCGGAGGAUCUGGAACAGCUACUCCCAUGUCGGGUGAACAGCUCAAGAUCAAUAUACCUACUCCUCCUUCUCAUUCUCAACCUGGUGAGAAGAGGGAGAAAGAAAAUCUCCCAAAAAGACCUUCUUUAGCUACUUCCGAAACUCCUGUAGCUCCUGAACUUGCUGGAUCUCCCCAUCCGAGAGAUGGCGGUAGCGAUACUGAUACUCCAGGUACAAUUGGACAAGAACAAAAGUCGUUAAGAGAAAGAUUACAAAGAUCACUUGGACCUAGGUACCGAUCAGUGGAAGAGUACAGACUCGACCAAUCUGAUAGAUAUGAAGUCCACUGGAAGAGAUGGGGUCCAUACGUUUCUGAAAGGCAAUGGGGUACUGUGAGAGAAGAUUAUUCUGCCAAUGGAGAUGCAUGGAACUCUUUCCCAUUUGAGAUGUCCAAGAGUAGAGCUUAUAGAUGGGGAGAAGAUGGUAUGGCUGGUAUUUCUGAUAACCACCAGAGAUUAUGUUUUACCCUUGCUCUUUGGAACGGUAAAGAUCCGAUCCUCAAGGAACGAUUAUAUGGUCUGAAUGGUAAUCAAGGAAACCACGGAGAGGAUGUCAAAGAAAUGUACUAUUACCUCGAUUCGACCCCUACCCACUCAUACAUGAAAUAUUUGUACAAGUACCCUCAAGCUGAAUUCCCUUACGAGCAACUCAAAGAAGAAAGCAGAAACAGAAGUAGGGAAGUCAACGAAUUCGAAUUGAUGGAUACAGACGUAUUUGAUGAAGAUAAAUAUUGGGAUGUCUUCGUCGAGUAUGCGAAAGAUGAAGAGUUUGCCGAUGCUUUGUCGAUCCGAAUCACAGCGUACAAUCGUGGACCGGAUCCAGCAGAUCUACACAUCGUACCUCAGCUGUUCUUCAGAAACACCUGGUCGUGGCCUAAAGAAUUACCCAAGAAUAUGCCUAACGUAAGACAAGAAGCUGAAGGUGUUAUCUAUGCAUCGGAAGAAUCACUCGGUAACACCAGACUUUACUGUACCCCUUCCCCUGCGCCUGCUGCACCUGCCAAAGGCGGUGUAGUAUUGGUUGAUGGACCAAGUAUCGUCCCUGAAUUGCUCUUCACAGAGAAUGAGACCAACUUCGAGCGAUUAUACAAUGGUAAAAACCGAACACCUUACGUGAAAGAUGCCUUCCACGAUCAUAUCAUCCCAUCUCACCGACCUGCUGAACCUGGAACCAACGGAGAGAAAGAGGCAUCUUCUACUGAAGCGAACGGGACGGACGAUGAUGCUGAACAAAUCAUCGAACCUCCUCCUCGACCUACUUCUGCACACGGCGGUCGACAGUUCGUCAACCCCGAGAAAACAGGUACGAAAGCUGGUGCGCACUACGAGUUCAAGGAUGUACCUGGUAAAGGUGGUUGUGUAGUCGUUAGGUUGAAGAUGACUCCUUAUUCACCUGAUGAAGAUCCCUCAAUCCUGGAUGAAGAGUUGUUCGACGACAACAUUGAAGAGAGAAGGAUUGACGCGGAUGAAUUCUACGGUGCUAUUUCGAGAGGAUCCAUAAGCGAAGAUUUGAGGAAUGUCAUGAGACAAGCUUUGAGUGGUAUGCUCUGGACUAAGCAAUAUUACCAAUAUAUUCAAAAAGAAUGGAUGGAUGGUGAUCCUGGUCAACCACCUCCUCCACCAGAGAGAAAAUGGGUCAGAAAUAGAGAAUGGAAACAUAUGUAUAUCAAUGAUAUCCUCUCUAUGCCGGACAAGUGGGAAUAUCCAUGGUUUGCUACCUGGGAUACCGCUUUCCAUUGUAUCCCUCUUGCCAUGGUCGACCCUUCUUUCGCCAAGAAGCAGCUCGAUUUGAUGACUCGAGAAUGGUACAUGAAACCCGAUGGUGCUUUACCUGCCUACGAGUGGAAUUUCAGUGACGUCAACCCUCCUGUGCACGCUUGGUCUACAUUCCGAGUAUUCAAGAUCGAGAGAAAGAUGUUUGGCAGAGAGGACUUGGACUUCUUGGAAAGGGUAUUCCAGAAAUUGCUUUUGAACUUUACUUGGUGGGUCAACCGAAAAGACGCGGAAGGAAACAACGUGUUCGAAGGUGGUUUCUUGGGUUUGGAUAACAUCGGCCCAUUCAACCGAUCUGAACCAUUACCUACUGGUGGUACACUCCGACAAGCUGAUGGUACAGCAUGGAUGGCAUUCUUCUGUUUGAACAUGUUAUCAAUCGCCUUGGAGUUGGCCAAACAUAACCCAACUUAUGAGGAUAUUGCUUCUAAGUUCUUUGAACAUUUCUUGUUCAUCUCUGAUGCGAUGACAUUUGUCGGUUCAAAUGAUGAACAACUUUCCCUGUGGAACGAAGAAGAUGGUUUCUAUUAUGAUGCUAUUCAAUGGGGAUAUGGACAUUCUCAACAAUUACCUGUCCGAUCCAUGGUCGGUUUGAUGCCUCUAUAUGCCACUUUGGUUUUGGAACCUCAAGUCAUCAAGCGAUUCCCUGGGUUCAAGAAGAGGAUGGACUGGUUUAUCGAGAACAGACCUGAUAUCUCUACUAGAAAUAUCGCUAAUAUCAGAGAGAGAGGCCGAGGUGAUAGACGAUUACUUGCCAUCGCAUCUAAAGAGAGACUCGUUCGGAUCUUGGAGAAGAUGUUGGAUGAGAAAGAAUUCUUAUCUGAAUAUGGUGUACGAUCUAUGUCCCUUCACCAUCACGAACAUCCAUUCUCCAUGAAUGUCAACGGAGAAGACUUUGGUGUAGGGUACUGGCCAGGUGAUUCUAGAUCAGGAAUGUUCGGUGGUAAUUCCAAUUGGAGAGGUCCAAUUUGGUUCGCUGUCAACUUCUUGCUUAUCGAGAGUUUACAACGAUUCCACCAAUAUUACGGUGAUACUCUCACAGUAGAAUGUCCAACGGGCAGUGGAGACUACAUGUCAUUGGCAGGAUGUGCCGAAGAAAUCCAACAUCGACUCAUCCACAUCUUCUCAAGGGACGAAUCUGGACGAAGGGCCGUUAACGGUGGUAAUCCAAAAUUGAACCGUGAUCCCAACUUUAGAGAUUAUGUUCAUUUCUACGAGUUCUUCCAUGGUAAUGAUGGUAGAGGGUUAGGUGCAUCACAUCAAACUGGUUGGACGGGUUUGGUAGCUUGGAGUAUUAUGCAGACCGGAGAGUAUUGUAGAUUACCCAAAACACCUAGAACUCCAAGAUCAGUUGCCAAACAUUACUUUGACGAACAUCUCAAUACACCUUCAGAGUAUAAUGCCGAAGAUGGUUCGCUCUACUCUGCUUACUCUGUUCAUUCAGAUUUCGAUAACCCCGAACCUGAUGAUUUGUAA